CGAAUACCUUACGCAACUACCUUACUCCGUACGGCCUCGACUUGCAGUAACUACAGACGAAGCUCGCCCCAAACUGUCGAGCAAGCUCCGGUCGAGACGAAAGGGACCUCGAAGAGCUUGAAGCGUGUCAAAGUCAUCCCAUUGGUCCUGUCUGAGCUUUCAAUAGCGCGCACAUUCAAUUGCAAACCAAACCGAUAAUGAAGACUAGGCCAAUUCCAUAGCGAGCACAGCGUUUCACGCCCCGCGCGUUGCAAUGUCCGACAGAUACGCCCAGUCGUACCGCAACGGCGGGUACGGCAACUUCGGCCGCCAGGACGGCGAUGAGUACGAUCCGUACGGCGAAGGCUACGGCAGCGACCGCCGUGCCCCGCCACCUCGACAGCGGAACCCGCGACCACCUCCCACCGUUCGCAGCGCAGCACCCCCACCCCGGUCAACCCAGCGAGCUCAAGAGACCAGCGCCGAGCGCGAAAUGGGCAAGGUGCUUGAAUUGAUCAAGCAAGAGUGGCCGGCCAUGUGCGAGAACGACUGCAUCCCCGUCCAGCUGGCAUUGCAGCUGCUCGACACCAGCUCCGUCGGCCGCGCCCACGAGUACCGCAACUUCCAGCGCACCCACCAGUAUCUCCAGGACUCACUUAAGAAGAUUGUCCAUGAGUAUCACCAGGGCUUCAACAGUUCCAUCGGCACCUUCCACAAGAUUCAGGGGAGCAUACAGACAUCGCAGAAGAAGGUGCGCGCCUUGAAGGAGUCGCUGGCCGCAUCCAAGGCGGCCCUCUGUACCACCGACCCAGAGCUCAAGAAGCUGCACGCCACGUCGCACAUGUACGAUGGGGUGCUGCAAACGCUUAACGAGUUGGACGAUCUGCGAACCGUUCCCGACCAGCUCGAGGCCAGGAUAUCCGAGAAGCGCUUUCUGACGGCAGUCGAUGUCCUCCAAAAUGCGCUGCGGAAGCUGACGAAGCCGGAGCUGGAUGGCAUCGGCGCAUUGAGCGAGCUGCGACUCUACCUGGCAAACCAGGAGACAGCGCUCAUGGACAUUCUGGUCGAAGAGCUGCACGAGCAUCUCUAUCUCAAGUCGCCGUAUUGCCAGGAGCGGUGGCAGUAUUUGGCCAAGUGCCAGGGCGCCCUCAGCGAGGUGUUCAAAGACGCGCCGCCUGUCCCCCCUUUCCACGCCAUCUUUGACGCGAUGGAUUGGGAUCGGCCCGUGACUGAAGAUCCCCACAAGAACCCCGAGGCAGACACCUUCUACUACGUCACGCUGGUGGUCGAGUCUUUGAACAAGCUGGGGAGGUUAGAAUCUGCCGUCGACACGCUGAAGCAGAGGCUACCUGUCGAGCUGUUUGCUGUGGUCAACGAGACCAUCAACGAUAUCGACCAAAAGCACCCCAGCUCGUUGAGGGGAGGCUCUCAUGGCUCCCAUGGGUUGCACAUCUACGGCCAGCGCGAGACCCGGAUGCGAGCAGACGUCAUUUAUGAUCUACUUUGGACGCUUUACGGAAAAUUCGAGGCCAUAGCUGAGGGCCAUCGUGUCUUCCACGAGUCCAUCAAGGCCCUAAUCCGACGUGAGGGAGCCGGCAACAACAUUGCUCUACUCGGCAGCUUCAAGGAACUAUGGAAUCUGUACCAGAACGAGAUCCGCUCACUGCUACACAACUAUGUCACAACGGAUGCCGACGUCUACCAGUUCCGGUCAUCGCCCAGGCCCGGCGUGGGGAUAAACGGCGGCAAGGAUGCGACGCGGGAGCAUCUCUUCAAGUUCUCCGAAGUGGAUUCAAAAUCGGCUGAGAUGGCGACUGAAUACGAGGCCUUGGACAACAUCAUUCGGACUGCCGUUCCAGGCUUGACGUCUAACUCCAAGAAGGGGGCCGAUACCAAGAAGGCAGGUUUGGUUGUUCCUCGGUCGGAUCCCGCCACCGCGAGAAAAAGCACCGGUGCCGGGUACAGUGCUCAGGGGAGCGGAACGUACAAAUCACUGGUCGAGCCCAGCGUCUUCAACAUGAGUCUCCUCCUCCCGCCCACCCUUAUCUUCCUCCAGCGUCUUAAGAACAUCGUCCCGCCGGGGUCGGACCUCGCGACCAGCGCGCUUACCUCGUUUCUUGACAAUUUUCUCGUCAAUGUCUUUCAACCACAGCUGGAUGAGACCCUCGGGAAGCUCAGCGACACGGUGUUUGGCGAAGCGGACGCCUUUCUGCAGGACCCGGAGUGGGCGUUGGUCGCCAAACGGCCCGUCUUCAAGGGAGCGACUGCUUUCUUUACCAUCGUGACAGCGUUCUGCAGGAUGCUGGGAACAAUCCCCCACGACCAGGCGCUCAGCUCGCUCAUCAUCACGCAGAUGCUGAGGUACUACGACAGGUGCUUCAACUGGUACAAGGCCCUGGUGACCAAGACCCAGGAGGAGGCCUCGAGUACGCAGGAAUUGCGGGCCUCUGCCGUCAUGGCGCUUGAGCCGAGCGAGAUCCACGAGACGAUGCUGAAGCUGUGGGAGUCCGAGACGAAAGAUCUUGAACUAUUGGAGAAGGAGGCAGUUCUUCUCAUGGCGCAGACCAAGGAGAAGGUGCUCGAGGCCAGUGACAUUAUCCAGGACCGCGACACGAUCUCGUCGCUCUGCCUGCUCUACACCAGCAUGAAGUGGCUUUCGGUCAAGAUUCUCAGCCUCCGACACAUUACCGAGAACGAGACAGACUCGUCCCGCUCCAACCUCACAAAACCUGAGAAGAAGCGCUGGACGCUGCUCAACGACCCCAGCAAGGCCACAACCGGGGAAGGCCCCGUCUACCUGCCCAUGACACAGGAAACCGUUCAAUCCUUCGACAGCAUCCUCACCUCCCUCAGCGAGUUAGCCACCACGGCGCUCCUGACGCUCCACUCUGAAGUGCGCUGCCGCAUCCUCCGUUCGCUGUACACGGCGCUCUCCCCCUCCCACACGGCCCCCUACCUGCUCGACCAGGAGGUCGCGGAGCCCGACCCGCAGAUCCUGUCGCUCAACGCCGAGAUGGUGGCGUUCGACGAGACGGCGGCGGGCUUCCUGCGAGAGCGCGAGGUGCGCUUCGUGAGGACGGGCCUGGGCCUGCUCAUCAAUGCCUACCUGAUCCGCAACGCGACUAUGACGGCGCCCAUGAACUCGAGGGGCUGUGGCAGGAUGAGGCUGAACGUGCUGGUGCUGCAGCAGAAUCUGAAGAAUAUCGAGGAAGGACCCGGGGCGGGGCUGGAUAAGGCCAUGGCGUACUUUGAGUUGUUCGAGGGCGGGCCGGAUGCGAUUGUGAAGCGGGCGAGGGAGGAUGGGGAGAAGGCAAGGACGUCGGUUGGGGGGCCGGAUGGGGAGGGGGAGGACGUAAAAGGGGAGAAGGAGAAGGAGGUUGGGGUGAGGUUUUCGUAUGAUGAACUUAAGGCGCUAUUGGAGCUCCGUUAUAGCGAGCAGCUGGCCGAUCCGGAGAGGGGCGUCGCGGCUGCCGCAAAGAGGCAGUUGGCGGAUAAGUUGCUGGCGUUGAGUGAGUAUUUGUGGCAGAGCUAGGUCUGGACAUCCAAGGCAUUUGGUUUGGGUGGAUAGGGGUUGUGGAGUAGGAUGUCGGUUGAUUCCCGGGGGUGGGGAGGCGGGAAUAUCUUCGGGACUGCAACGGGAGCCUACGUGAUGCGGCGCUUGUGUAAGUGUGUGUGUGGCACCUGGCAGUGAUUUCUCAGAUGAGACUCUCCAUAGGUGACUAUCACGUUCAACUUGGCGUGUGAUCUCAUUCCUGUAUGCUGCUAGCGCUGACCGCAGCUUCACAAGCCGCACUGGCUGCCCCCUUGGUCCAAAUUCGUUCGGGCCGUGGCCGAGCUGCACACCAUAGUUACCUAGUUGGGAUAACACCAAGAGCAUCA